UGUAUUUAUAUAAUAAAUAUAAAUUCUGCGGCAGCUCCGGGUCCCACAAGUACCCUUAAGGCUUCCAGUGCGAUGAAGAAGCAGCGAUUCCGAUCCCCUUCAGCAGUGCAUCCUGCUCUGGUCUCCUUCAGCAGCAAUUCCAGACUCCUUCAACAGCAGCUCCGGCUCUUGUCCCCUUCAGCAGCGUGUCACUGACCUAGGUUGGGGGUGUUGGGAACUCGGGGGUUCUCCCGAUGGUAGGGGAGAGGAACCACAGUUGGGUCGGAACAGGGAUGGCUUGAUAUAGGUCUUCCUCAUACAGGACUCUGACAGUAAAGCUUGUUGAAAAUAUUAAAGAACUUUGUUGCAGGAAGGGAGCAACACAAUGUCACAUAGCAGAGAAGGAACGUAUGGGGGGAAUGUCCAGGCCUAUAGGAGAACUUGUAAGCAAUGUUAAAGAUUCCAGGAAAAGAAGUACUUGUGAGUGUUGGUACAAGAUAAUAGUGACUGAAGAACUUGUGAGUAAUGUUUUUAAAGAUACUGAUGAUUUGAAGAACUGGUGAACGGUGGUUAAAGACUCUGAUGAUUUGAAACACUUGUGAGCGGUGGUUAAAGACACUGAUGAUUUGUAUGACUUGAGAGCGGUGACUAAAGAUACUGAUGAUUUAUAGAACUUGAGAGCGGUGGUUAAAGACACUGAUGAUUUGUAUGACUUGAGAGCGGUGAUUAAAGACACUGUAGAACUUGAGAACGGUGGUUAAAGACACUGAUGAUUUGUAUGACUUGAGAGCGGUGAUUAAAGACACUGUAGAACUUGAGAACGGUGGUUAAAGACACUGAUGAUUUGUAUGACUUGAGAGCGGUGGUUAAAGACACUGUAGAACUUGGGAGCGGUGGUUAAAGACACUGGUAACUUGCAAAACUUGGGAGCGGUGGUUAAAGACACUGGUAACUUGCAAAACUUAGGAGCGGUGAUUAAAGACACUGGUAACUUGCAAAACUUGGGAGCGGUGGUUAAAGAUACUGAUGACUUGUAGAAUUUAAGAACGGUGUUUAAAGACACUGAUGAUUUGUAGAACUUGAGAGCGGUGUUUAGCACGCAGCCCACGCUGACUCCAAGAAGCACUGGUGACUGGAUUGCAGAGGAACACAUCAGCCGCUGUAUACGCUGGAACUGUGCAGCAACUGGCACCUGGAAGUGCCGGAGACACUGGGGUACGACUGCAGAGAGAUUCGCCGGGAACAAGAGCACUGGCAUCCACUUCAGGGGAAAAGACGAUACUCAGGCGCCGAGGCUCUGCCCGGCGUCUGCCUUUGAAUCUCCCGCCUCCGCUGGAUUGGCGGAACAGUCUGAUGACGUCACCUGCUCCCCGCCCACGUGAUGCCGGGUGUCAUGGCGGUUCCACUGCCCCGGGGAACCGCCGGGAGCCGCGCCAGUCAGACGCCGGAGCCCGUGGACCAUCGAAGGCGGAGGCCGCAACACAGACCAGCAGGCACGCACGGCUCCUCGGCCAUGCAGCCAGAAAUAUGGUACUGCAAGAAGAUGCCAUCUUACAUUCUGAAGAUAGCCUCAGAAAAAUGGCAAUAAUAACAACUCAUCUACAAUACCAACAAGAAGCUAUCCAGAAAAACUCUCCCACGUCCAGCUGCUGCUCACAAGGUCUUCAGACCUACGAUGAUGUCAAGGAAUACUAUGGGAAACAUUUAAAGAGUUCAAAAGAUCUGAAAACCAAUGCGUGUGUCACCCCCUCCAAGCCAAUACCAAAAUACAUCCGAGAUGCACUGAAUGAAGUUCAUGAAGAGAUCUCUUCUCGGUACUAUGGCUGUGGACUUGUGGUACCGGAAUGUCUGGAGAGCUGCAGGAUCCUAGAUCUUGGUAGUGGGAGUGGGAGGGACUGUUUCAUGUUGAGCAGACUCGUUGGACCUAAAGGAUUCGUCACAGGAGUAGACAUGACGAUUGAGCAGGUGGAAUUAUCUCAAAAGUACACUGACUACCAUAUGAAGAGGUUUCAUUACCAGCAGCCUAAUAUUAAUUUUGUGAACGGAUAUAUUGAAGAUCUCAAAUCUGCUGGCUUAGAGGAUCAGAGCUAUGACAUCAUAAUAUCUAACUGUGUCAUAAAUCUUUCUCCUGAUAAGAAGGCUGUGCUGCAAGAAGCAUACCGAGUGCUAAAGGAUGGUGGAGAGAUGUACUUUAGUGAUGUGUAUUCCAACAUGCCAGUUUCUGAUGAAUUAAAGCAAAACAAAGUGCUUUGGGAAGAAUGCAUCAGUGGUGCCCUCUGCUGGAAAGAUCUGUAUCAGAUUGCUGAAGAGAUUGGAUUUGGCAACCCACGUCUAGUCACCUCCAGUUACAUCACAGUAAAUAAUAAAGACCUGGAAGACCUUGUUGGUGACUGCAAGUUUGUCUCUGCAACUUUUCGUCUGUUCAAACUCCCUCAGAACUCUGUGAAGGAAAAGGGUCUGGUCAUUUACAAUGGAGGAGUGACGGGCUGCGAGACUGAAAUGCAGUUUGAUGCAAACUACACAUUCAAGGAAGGUGAAGUUGUGGAAGUUGAUGAGGAAUUGUGCAGCAUCCUGAAGACGUCCAGGUUUUCAGAAGACUUUAUAUUUCAGCCCAUUGGAACGGGAAGCUCUUCUACAAAGUGUUGCUUGAAAAAAGAAAUCAUCAAAGAUCCAUUUCAAUUGGUGGAAAACCAGAACAAAAACCCUCUACCUCCCAGUUCCGGCACCUGCUGUGGGCCGAAAGGAUGUUGCUAGGAAUGUUUCGUUAAAUGGAAGAAUGGGACAGAUCUAUUACUGUAGUCGGCAUUGUGAAGACACAAAUAUGUUUUCAUAACAGCGAAUUACAUUACAUAACAAUAUACCUCAACCUGAAAUAUUAGGGACUAAUGUUAAUUACAAAUAAACCCACAGAUAUUUCAUAGUCUAUAAACAAAAUGUAAGUGAUUCCUGAUUUAUUUUUAUUUUUUUUGAGUCAAUAUUUGCCUUGAUUUGAAAAUUAUAAAAUAAUGAAAACCAACAUAAAGAAUAUAAAGGGCCCAUGCAUUUCUUUAGAUAAGCUCUAACUGUAUGUGA